CGCCAAAAGACACUACUGUGUCCAAUACGAUUCUUAAUACUUUUAACUUUAGUUGUAUUUUACAAUGUUAUGUUUCACAUUUCAAGAUGGCCUGAACUGUAUAACAUUUUGGAAACAGCUCUUACGCUAACCAUCUGCACACAACUAAAAAUAUUGUUCUGUAAACAUCGUUCUUCAUUGUGAUCAUGGUUUAUGAGAUGUACAUGCAUAUGUAGAGCAGCUGUGUUCAUAUCUGAGGCAAAAGUCCGCCUGUGCUCAUCUUUAUAGCCAAUAAAACCGAGAUAAGCGUUCGUCUCAAAGGUUAAGUUUGAAGUCUGUUUCGCACAUUAGCUAUCACUCACAACUGCUUGAUGGGAGUUUGAUUCAGUCGGGAAAAAAGGGAUUUGUCUUCGAUAUUACUUUAUCGAUCCAUCAUCUAACAAGAAAAUGGAUUUGAGGCCUAAAGGAUCUGCUGCCGUUUUCGUUCUCCUGGUUCUUUUCACACUCUGCAAGUUCAGUGAAGCGCAAAAUCUUUGCUCAGCGCCAGACAAUUUACCAGUCAUUUUUAUUCCGGAAAACAACGAAAUUGGUGCCACCGUUACAACACUCAUCGCUGAGGAUGAGGUGACGGCCACAAUCACUAGUCAAAAUCCAGAGGGUCUCUUCAGCCUCGAGGGAUACAAUCUCAUUGCUGAUACUGUGCUGGACUACGAGACAUUUGACCAGAACAAACCUCAUGAGGUGAAUAUUGAGUGUACAAAAGCUGGCUCUCUCUCUACCACAUUGAUUUUGAAAAUAGUCGUCGAGGAUAGAAAUGAUAAUCCACCAGCGUUUGCAGAGAGUCAGUACACCCUAAAUGUUGAUGAGUUAUCAAAAGUGGAUACCAGUGUUGGCCUAAUCACAGCAACCGAUCCUGAUAAAACUGAUAGACUUUACUACCAACUGGAUUCUCCCGAGGGAGAAUUUGACCUGGAGGCCAGUUUCAAUCCCAGCAUUCUGGUGAAAAAACUUCUGGAUUAUGACAAAAUUAAAAAAGUCACGAUGACACUAUAUGUGCAGGACACACCGAUUGGAUCUACAGCUGAAGUCUCCCACAGUGCCUCAACCACUAUUGUAGUCAACAUCAUAGACAUUGACAAUCGUCCACCAUGGUUCCAGCCUUGUACAGAAACCGAGUUUGGCACAAGCAAAGUGUGCAUUAGCUCUGGUUAUGAAGGGACUGUCAACUUAAAUGAACAAGCGCCAGGUCCUUUGUCCUUGAAGCCAGGUCCAGUCAUGGCCAUUGAUGGUGACCUAGGCAGGAACGAGCCCAUUGGUUAUGCAUUUCUUGGAGGAAAUGAGGAUAGUGUAUUUCAAAUCGACACUGACACCGGGAGCAUCACAAUGCUGAAACCAGCAGGGGUGGCAGGACCGAUUGUCCUUUCAGUCAUGGCAUACCAGAAAGAGAACGCCGAUCAGUUUGCCACCACUACAGUCAUCCUGAAGGUGGUGAUAUCCAGCGCGUUCCCUCCGACAUUUGUGAAGCCCAGUUAUGAAGGCUUUAUCUCAGAGGAUGCGGGUUUGGACAGCUUGGUGCUGGAGAGCAAAACGUCCAACAGACCCCUCAGAGUACAGGCUACAGAUCAAGACUUUUCUGAUGGCUAUAAUCCUAACCUCAGAUUUGAGGUUGUAGCCGGCACUGACUUCUCAAUCACUCCAGAGGGCUUCAUACUCAUGGCGAAGGCCGUUGCCCCGGGCACUGUAAAUUUAGAAAUGAGGGUGGUUGACACAACCAAUGAAGAAUCAAGCACUGCUUCACUUACGGUUGAGGUCACACCAGGUAAGACCAGACCAAUGCUGUAUGCUAUCAAGACACCAUCUAAUUAUGACAUGAUACAAUCCAAACAGGCAUAA